CGACAGCGCGCGGAAGAGGAAAGUCUACAAAACCGGUCAAAACACGCUAAUUUAGCUGUGUCUUUGUCGAGUUAACCGGGUAGCCCGCUGAAUUACUGGGUAAAAUUAUAAAGUCAAUAACUAGCUAACUAACGUAGAAGGAAAAAUAAUGCACCACGUCAAGAUUAAGACCGAGAAGCCAGAUCUAGAGGGAAGUGGUGCCCGGAGUCGACUCGAUGCCGUGUUGCAGGUUCUAGUUGAGAAGAGUGAGACUGAAAGGGAGCAAAGUGAAGAUGAUACUGGAAAGAUAGCGACUGACUCUUUAAACAAGGAUUUAUCUCCAUCAUCUGCUGGAAAACGGCCAUCAUCACGGUUCCCACAGCACCGGAGAAAAAAGCGAAAAGAGAUGGAUGAUGGCUUACCAGAAACCAAUCAGCAUAAGCAAAAUGCCUAUGUUAUUAAGUUAUUUGAUCGCAGUGUGGAUCUAGCUCAGUUCAACACUAGCACCCCCCUGUAUCCUAUCUGCCGUGCCUGGAUGAAAAACAAUCCUUCAGUUCGCGAACGUGCUGCCUCUCCAAGUCCCCCUCACAGCAUAGGAGAGGAAGAAGUUACAGAUAUGCUCAAUGGUAAGGGUCAGAACGUGUAUAGACUGCCUCCUCCAACCUCUUGUCCCGUCAGUCCCUCUGGAGAGCCUAUCAACUUGAGGAUCCCACAGACUGAGAAGCCGACUGUUACCCAACUAACAGAUUCAGCUCCUGUAUUAGGGUCCGUCAUAUGUGACCACAUAGAACGUGACCACAUGGAACGUGACCACAUGGAACGAUGGAAGAAGAUAAGGCAAAAGUGGAAGGAGUCGUCCAACAAGAAUCAGUUAAGAUAUGGUGAGAGCAUUAGGAUCCUGAAGGAGAUGUACGAUCGCUAGCUGGCCGGCCACUUGCCAUGGGAGUGGAGUCAGCGCGGUAUGAGAGGAGCCAUGGUGCAGCAGUCCUCAUUGGAGCACAUGCGUUAUCUACGCGAGAAGACUGCCUGACACGAUUGUAUUAUCAGAGCCUUAAGCCUUAAAGCAAGAAACAUUCAGUCAUUAUUUAAGUUUCUGGAAUUCCUUGUCAGGAAUUACGAUCCCAGUGUGUUGUGGGACUGUUUUUAAUUUGUCGAAAUUGUGUAUAGAUGUUUUUUGACUACAUUGCAGAAAUGAAUUCAAUCCCAUGUCUCCUGGUACACUGGCUUGUGUGUCAUACUAUUGAGAAGUGUCGUUUAAGUUCCUUUUGAAAUGUUCAUUCAAACUCAAGAUUGCUUACUUGUUUGUUAACAUACAUGAGCUACGUAAUACAAUGCUUUUGGGAUUUCCUGAAAACUUGAAAGCUUAAUAGUUUGGCCCAGACCUGAGACAGGUUAUGUUUUGAUUGUGUUAUUGCACCACAGAAAAGUAAUUAGUUGUGAUGAAUAAAAAUGUGUUUAAAAAAAUGUACCACUCCCAAGUUAACCUGUUCCCAGAUGCUGUUAAAAAUGGAGGGGUACAUAUGCAAUACCACAUCUUGAGACCUGAAAGG